AUGUCGGUAAGAGUGAUAGUCAUUGACCCACAGGGCGACGUCCAUCUUCACCUUUACGUACAAGAGCUCAUCAAAAAUGACGCGGGAACCUUCAAAAGAACCAUUGAUGAGCUUCUCUUCCAGGUCUCAAAGGCUACGAUGAUGCGUUACUCUUCUAGAGUCAAGGAUGCGCUCCGAACCAACUCCAACGACAUCUAUGCGGCCUCAAGCAAAGGUGUUGAGAUCUUGCUUCGCAUACUUCACGGGCAAAACCCAACGGUGGGAGUCGAUAUCUCAGGUGUCUGGCAUGCCAUCGUCUUUCGCACCGAGAACUAUUUCUCUCCUACCAUACUCAAUGAUUGGUAUGCUGGAUGGUACAAAUUGCAGCCUAUCGAACAGAAUUUUCGCGAAUGGAUUCGCACUAAGCCUGAGGACCAGAACUGGAACCCGCGAUGUUUCCUCUUCCCAUCCUGGCAUCUCAAUGACGCUGUUGCAUUCCUCGAAGUAACCCAUUUCUUGGUCUACAACGUGGCACGCUAUAUCUCUGAGGAGCGACCUAUUAAGGCGCAGGACAAGUAUCGUUUGGAUAAUCAGGUCAUUCAGCAGUUAAACGCCGCGCGUGGCAGGCUCAGAAGUAUCGCAUUCAAUAUCCUCUUCAACCCAAUGGAAAGAAUCCUCGCUACCAAAAAAUCCUGCUGCGAGAGUGCAGCAGGAGACUACCACCGAGCCCUCGUUGAGACAGGAUCUUGGCCAUGGGAAAGACUUGGCAACAGUACACCUAUGAACACACUAUUGAAGCAAUUGGGGGAUUUCAGCUAUCAGGCUUUGGGGGAGACUUGCGGGAGAUGUCGUCUGGACUAUGAAGAUGUCGUCGAAGCCUGUAUCCAUGAGACUAAUAUUUACUUCGACGGCCUGUGUCUAGAUUGCAUGGACGCAUCGAACCCAAAGACCGAGAGCUCUGACAGAGAUUACUGGAAGCACAGUACCAUGAGCAAGGGGGAGUUCCUAACCGGAUGUCGCGUCAAGUUGCAUGGGGAGGCUACAUGGUACCACUCGUUCAUGGGGCGACGAGAAGAUUUUGACAGACUGCGCCAAGAGGCAAAGACCGAAAAUGCGAGAGAACUGGGGCAAGGAAGUCAGACUCAACCUCGUCGGAAUCGAAAAGAAAACACCCAACCUAAUCGCAGGGCAAAGUAUCAGCAUGGCGGGACUGAAUACCGCGACAAGGGCGAGCCUAAAUGGCAUUUGAAGAAAAAAGACACUGAGAAAAGCAAGAGCGAUGAAUCAUAUGCGCGUAUCAUGGCGGCGUGCGGUCUAUCAGCUUGA